AUGUAUUUGGCAGCCCAGCUGCCACCCAAGAGUGCGAAGUUAAGUGGCAGCCCCCAGAAGAAAUUGGAGAAUGAGAGACUUGAACUCCCGACCUUCCGCUUUGGAGACGGACGCGCUGCCAAUUGCGCCAAUCCUCCAUUAAACCGGAGCCUAGAAGGCCUCAACAGGGCCAUAGAAGAAUUCGGUCGUACAGAAAUCUGGAACAAACGGUGUAAAGUCACCGUUGAAUGGGAAAAGACUCGUGGAAUCACUGCUACGAGCAAACGCGCUAGAGGAGGCAACUGUGUUGGGGAGCACAGACGUAGUAGCAAUGAUUUCCUUGUCCCUUCCCUCAGACAAAGACAGAAGCUGAAUGUAAAAGAAAUCUACAAGAUCGCGGAUAACCGAGUCCGGGACAGCUACCUUGGGAAAACUAAACUGGACGUGAUGGAGUGGCUGGGUGGAAUGAAGUUUCUGAUGGCUACGGAUAGUGCAUAA